AUCCAUUCCUUGGGUAAUGAAAAGCCAGAAGAUUUGCAUCGAUUCUUGAUUGGAUGCAAUUGAAGUAUUUGUCCUUCGCUUUGACUACACUAAAAGUAUGCUCCGAUCUGCAGGCUAGGAAGCCUCUUCCGAUGGCCGGCCGCAUGCAUAUAAAUAUUGAUCAUUCCACUCGUGCACAAGAUUCCCAUCCACGGAAACUAAACCAAAACAAUGGAUGAUGUUUUCCACAUGUCAUCGGACGGUCAUUUCGUCCGCACAUGGCCGGCUUCUUCCACCGACGUCUACGUCCACGACUACGCCGGCAACAUAUACGACCCCGACUUCAUCCGAUUCCGGCCGCUGGCGCGGCGUCGGGAUCAAAAUUGGCCCCUCCGCAGACGCACGAUUCAGAGCCCUCGAGGUCCACGGGGUCAUAAUCAAGGGCAGCCGGUUGACCCAACUGUACAACGACAUGACCCUCGCCGCAUCCGGCGGCCAGAAGUUAUACCUCGCGGCUAAUCGGAACGGAAUCUGUUACCUCUCCGUCAACGGCCCCUACGUCACGCGGCUGCGGGUCAACGACUACUUCAAAUGGGCCAAGUACGGCGUCAAGCCGCAGAUCAGCCCGUCGACGAUCUGGAACAAGUGCGAUUUGAGCAGCGGGGCCAUUUUGGUGGACAUAGGGCAGUUGUUGAAGAACAAGGAGAAAGAGAUGCAGGAGAUCGUCAAGGAGAAGGAGAAGGAAGUGUUGGUCAUGCUGAAGAUGGUGGAGAGGAACAAGGAGGUGGAGUCUCUGUGGGAGAAAACCAUGGAAGACAAGGAUAAGCAGCUGGCUGUGCUGGUAGAGAAGAACAGAGAAGUGGAAUCCAUGUGGGAGAAAUCCGCGCGAGAGAAGGAUAAGCAGCUGGACAAGCUCAUGGAUGCCAUGCGUGCCUUGAUUUACGAGAUCUAAAAUUAAUUAAUCACCACAAUAUUGGUGGUGUUUGGACGGUAAAUUAAUUAUAAAAUUUGGUUAAUUUCUUUCAAUAAAGAGUGGACGGUCAAGCGGCCACAAGAUACCAUGUACAUAAAUAAAUUACUACUAACUAUGGAAUUGGAAUAAAAUUUGGGGAAACAAUUAUCCAAAUUUCGAUAGUAGUUUGUUGAAGAAAAAAUGUUAACCUAUUUAACACGGUUGUUAUUAGUAAACAUGUUCUCCAUUAGAGUACAAUUCAUUGUUAUUGAAUUUUAUACACAAGCCUAAUAAUAAAAACAUUAGUCCUUAUUCUCAAUUUCAAAACCUAACGAUUAAACCCCAAUUAUAGGCUAUGCCUUAUCCCCACCAUUCUAUAAUAUCCAUUUGUUUUCUUUCUACAAAUCGUACUAUUGCUCAAUUGUAGCAGAACUAUGUGAGCUGGGAAUGCGUUAGCGUGAUUACUCAAAAAUGAAUAAUCAUGGUGGCUACCAAUAUCUAUACCAUUCAUUACUUUUAUUUUAACCUAUUUUCAAAUGUACGGUAAAGAUUAAAGUAAAGAUAAUUCUGUAAACAAAAAAUUAUAUAUAUUAUUAUCAAAACCCUACUAACUACACCCCUCUCAAACGCCACCGCCUCCAUCCCCACGAUCCCCUCCCCUCCCGCAGUCCCUCCUACUUGCCGCCGUUGGCCAAAAGUCCCCCCUCUCUCUCAACCUCCUUCCCCGCCCUCCCAACCUCUCCCUCCCUUUCCCCCCGGACCGUCCACCACUCCUCCUCACCCCAUCCCAUGACCCUCUCUCUCUCCCUGACAGCAGGGAAGAGUCGAUGGACAAGCGACCUAGGCGAGUACGAGAUCGUGGAGGACGUCAAAGCAAUCGGUAGCGCUGAACAUCCUUUUAUCUCCGACCCUCUCGUCUCAAUGGUAUUGUUUUUGUCGCAUUGUUAUUGAUUUUGUUGCAUUGAUAUUGUGUCGCAAUUAUAUUGAUUAUCAUAUAAUGGUAUUAAUUUGCAUGUAUUGGUAUUGAUUAAAUUUGCAAUGGUAGAUUUAUAUUGUUAGAUUGUUUAUAUUGGUAGUUUGCGUGUAAUGAUAUAGAUUUAUUUCUGCAAUGGUAUUGAUAUUUUUCAAAGGGGUAGUGAUUGUCUAAUGGAUUGGUAGUGAUUUUGUGUUUUUAUUUUUUUAUUUUGUAUAAAGAUUGAGAAAAAUAAGAAAAGGAUACUGACUGGAGAUUACAGAAGUGAGAGAAAGAGAGAGAAGUAUAAUUAAUAAAUUAUUGUAACUAUC